AAGAGCCAAGAACCAAAAGUCGGUGGUUGAAUAGGAGGAGGAAAAAAAUAACCAUGCCUAAUCCGUGAAACUUGCACAUUUUGCAUCUCCACGCCGUGCAUCGUUCACCGUGCGGGCGCAGAGGCCAGUUGAGGGUGAUACCUCAUUGGCUGGUGUGACCCCCGCCGGCCCGCCACCUCCCAAGGUGGGCCCCGAUUGGCUGGACCUGCACUGACGACUCUUGUGGAGAAAAUGGCUGCCACGCCACCCCCCAGCUGAAGAGCUAAGCCCUGCUGUUUCCUCCUCCACGUCCCUAACAUCACUGUUCAUUGCUGUGUUGUGAACUGUGAUUCCCUCCAACCGAUUUGCUGUAGAGUACUAUGGCAAUGCAUGAUAUGAGUCGUGCCAAGGGUUUCCCCUGUAAAGAGUGUGAUAUGGUUUGCCCGAGUACUCCAAGUCUUCUAGAACAUAUGAAAGCACAUUAUCAGCAAGAAGAGACCGGACGUUUUGAGUGUGAACAGUGUGGCCGAAUUUACAAGCACGCUGCUAGCCUAGCUAAUCAUAAAAAAUCUCAUGAAGUGGGUUCGUUCCAGUGUCCUGUUUGUACGCGCACCCUACCUAACGCAGUAGCUUUGAAGAACCACCUACGUAUCCAUACAUUGUCCCCUAGUAGUGCACACACAGAAGAGGAGAACGAAGAAGUACCUGAAGAAGCAGGCCACGACGAGAGGGAGUACGGCCUUGCCCAAGACCUCUCGGACGGGUUUGGGCGCACCCAUUUGAACAAUAGUGGCAUGGGACAUAGUGUCCUCCAAAGCCACGAGACAGACGACCACGGAAAAAAAGGCUCCCCUGAAUCCGACGACGCUUGGGACAGACCAUUCAAGUGUGAUCAGUGUGACAGAACCUACCGGCACCACGGUAGCCUUGUGAACCACAAGAAGUGUCACCAACAAGGAACUUUUAAGUGCUCUGUGUGUUUUAAACAGUUUGGCAACCUGGCUGCCCUAAACAGUCACGAGAGAACUCACUCGAAGUUCAAGACACCUGGGGCAUCCAUGGUGAGCAGCAGCAGCAGCAGCAGCAGCCUCCAUGACUCGGAGCGCAGCAGUGGCACCCAGUCAUCCCAGAGUGAUGAGACAACCUCCUGUUUCUGCCACCUGUGCCAGGUAGCACUGCCAAAUAAGGCAGACUUUCAAGAGCAUAUCCUGCUGCACAACACAGCCUCACCCUCCCUCGGAUUGCCACGCAGUUUCCCAGGCAUCAUGCCUCACAAUCUGAGUGCGGUUAGAUCCCCAGCAUACACCCCCGCCCUUGGGGACCCACUGCCCCUUCCACCCCUGCCUAGUGAAAAAAGAGGUCCCUAUGACCCCAUAAUGGGCCCUCCAGUCAACAAUCCAAUCUACACAUGUGCAUACUGUGGCGCAGGACACCCAGAUCUGGAGACCUUGAAAGUCCACUAUCUGACGCACGAUCCCCACCCUGCCUCCCAUGGCCAGGAUGGUUCCAUCCUCAACUCAGACACGCUAAGCUCUGGAUCACAGGGCUCUGUGUCUUCUCCCUCCGGAGGCCGUGUGCCCCAGGCCAACUCUCCAGAUGAUGGAGAGCGCCGCUUUAAGUGCGGGGAGUGUGGCAAAAGUUACAGGCAUGCAGGAAGCCUGGUCAACCACAAACGCUGCCAUCAGACAGGCCAUUACCAGUGCACCAUCUGCUGUAAGCAGUACCCUCACCUGGCAGCACUACACAGCCACCUACGAAGCCACAAGGGGCGUCCCUCCAACCAGCCUAUUAGUAAUGACAGCAAUGACUGGCUAUCUCCAGAGCCACUAACUCUGGACUCACAGCAAAGCUAUGUCCAGGAAGGCAGUGGUGCCACCACUCCAAUUUCACUGCCGGGAAAUCUUGGUGAUGCUGCCCACUUUGUACCAGAUGGUGGCCACAGCAGUGGGUUGGACUCUCUUGAGUUCCACGAUCGCUUUGAUGGCAGCUCACUUUCCCAGAGCAACUCUGCUCACCGUCAGGCUGACAGACAUGUGUGUGCAGACUGCGGUGAGAUGUAUGGAGAUGUGUCUGGCAUCAAGUCACACAUGUGUCCCCGCCGUGGCCAGCAACAGCAGCCACCACCACAGCAGGGCAACAUGUCCAAUGGUUUUAUGGGGAACAUGAACUACCACAGCUCCAGUGGAACCUCACUGUCUGCUGGAAGCUCGGGCAGCCUGAAAGAAAGCGGCAGCCAACGGCAGUACUCCCAGAGUGGAGGCAAGAGAAUGGGUAGCAAUGACAAAGAUGAUGAUGAUGAUGGAGAGGUGUAUCAGUGCUCAGUGUGCGGCAACCACUACGCCAGCCUCAGAGCCCUCAGGAGCCACCUGCGUAGCCAUGCCAAUAACCCAACAGGGCCAGGACCUUCCAAUCUGGAGCAGGAGUGGAGGAUGAUCUGCUCCACCUGUGGCCAGAGCUUCUCCAGGAAGCAGGACCUCCUGAAUCACCAGUUAGUCCAUGGCCCCCAAAGGCCAGAUGGUCAACAACAGGGUAUUGGGGGCACCUCAGCUAAUGGCAAUGACAAGAUGGACGGACGCAACCACAUUUGUGUUGAUUGUGGUAUGUUUUUUGCUGACCGCCACCACCUGAUCACCCAUCUGUGCCCUGGUAAGAAUCGGGCAAGCUCAAUGAGCAAGCAGGGCCUGAAUGGAGCCAAAGGGAUGUCUGGAGGAGAAGGUGUCGGUGGUGGGGUCGCCGGAGGAAGCCGUGAUGUUGGUGGCGAUGGACGUAGACCUAUGGUUGACCAAAGUGACAAGCCUCACAAGUGCGACCAAUGUGGACGAGGAUACAGACACCCUUGCUCACUCCUUAACCACAAGAAGUCCCACAAGACUGGUGUUUUCCGAUGCUUGGUGUGCCAGAAACGCUACUACAAUCUGCUGGCUCUCAAGAAUCACCAAAGGACCCACUUUGACCUCAAGAGGCACAAGUGUGAAGAAUGUGGCAAAGCUUUCAAGAUCCAAAAGCAGCUAAUCAACCACCUCCGUCUCCAUGAGGAACACCGGGCCAAAGGUCUUGUUCGGACCGGUCCCAAUGGUUCCCGCUUCCAGCAGCCUGGCCCAUCUCAAAUGCAGACUAUGAGAGGAGAGUCUUCAAAGGGCCAGGUAAUGGGCAUGAAAUAUAGCCAUCAAGGGUUCAAAAAGCCCUACUCAUCUGCUGGCACUUCCAGGCCCCAGAAGUUUGAUCCAGCUGAAACUGGACGACGGCCUUUUUCCUGUGAAGAAUGUGGAAAGACAUACCGCCAUGCAGGCAGCCUAGCCAAUCACAAGAACCUUCACAAAAUUGGGGAGUACCACUGCAAUGUUUGCAACUCCACGUACCCUAACAGGCUGGCAAUGAAAAACCACCUACGUCUCCACUUUGCCCAGAAGAAGCACAACUGCCAAGAGUGCGGCAAGGGCUUCCGCACCCAGAGACAGCUAGCUACCCACACUACAGCUGGCCUAUGCAAAGGCCCGCAGGGCCCUGGGGCCCAAAUGGAUUUUGAGUGCGAUGGCUGCUGUGAAGGCUUUGCCACGGCUGAUGAGCUUGCAGCCCACGACUGCCCAGCCCAGCACCUGCCUUCAUCAUCCUCCACCAAUAGCUCCACCAACAUCAGCAUGGAGAGAAGCUCUGUGGACCUCGACUCUGAUGAGAGACCCUACGCCUGUGACCUGUGCAGCUGUGCCUACAAACAUGCAAGUUCCUUGCUGAACCAUAAGCACACCCACAAGACGGGCAACUUCCGGUGCAACUUCUGCGACAAGCCCUACACCAACUACAUGGCGCUACGGAACCACAUGCGCAUCCACACACAGCGUAAGAAGCACAUCUGCCACACAUGUGGGAAAGCCUUCCGGCUGGCCAGGUUCCUCCGCAACCACCAGAAGGUCCAUGAGGAGGGUGCUACCCCCUUUGGCUGCCCCACCUGUGGGAAGAGUUUCCAGGGGAGGUCCGGUCUGGCCAGGCACCGCUGCGGGGACAACCAGGUAGGCAUGGAAGUCAGGAGGAAGGCCGCUGCACCCACGGGAGAGGGCGAAGAGUGUCGGUACACAUGUGAUCAGUGUGGCCGCUCCUACCGCCAUGCCAGCUCCCUUCUUAACCACAAGAACACCCAUACUGUCGGCAUCUACCACUGUGCCGUGUGCCUCAAGACCUACUCCAACCUGCUUGCCCUGAAGAACCACCGCCGUAUCCACUCCGAGACAAGGCGCCACCGUUGCCAUGACUGUGGCAAGGCCUUCCGUGUUUCCUCCCAGCUCUACAACCACCGUCGCGUCCACCAGAAGCAGCGGGAGCUGACCUGCCGGUCCUGCCAACGAGCCUUUCCUACCCAUGCCAGCUUCAGGCUCCACAUGGAGAUCACCCAUGGCCAGGCGCCGCAGCCCCGCCAGCCCAGACCCCAGCAGCCCCGACCGGGGGGCUCCCAGGACCUGGGCUGGGGAUCAGGCCUGGACCUCACCUUGAUGCAAGAGCAAGGACUCGACCCCAGCAGUAUGACCAAAGCCCGCAGCCGUGGAGGCAACAGUGAGGUCAUCAAGUCCCAUGUCUGUGACCAGUGUGGACGGUCUUACCGCCACGCCAGCUCCCUGCUCAACCACAAGAACAGCCACAAGACUGGGACCUACUUCUGCAACUCCUGCCAGAAGGAGUUCCCCAACCUGAUGUCUCUCAAGAACCACAGACGGAUCCACACCGAGCCGAAACGCUACCAGUGUCCCGACUGCGGCAAGUCGUUUCGGGUGUCCACCCAACUCAUCUGCCACCGGCGCAUCCACACCAAGGAGAAGCCGUUCUCAUGCCAGCAGUGUGACAAGCGUUUCUCCUCCAAGUCCAACCUGAGGCACCACAUGAAGGUGCACUGGAGCAGCUCAACGGCGCCCCCUCCCAUGGCCAUGGGUGCGCCCAACUUCCUGGAUCUGAGUCCAACGGGUUCGACCAGCAGCUCCAGGAGCUUCGUCUGCGGUCAGUGUGGUCGGUCUUACCGCCACGCCAGCUCCCUGCUCAACCACAAGAACAGCCACAAGACCGGAACCUACUUCUGCAACUCCUGCCAGAAGGAGUUUCCCAACCUGAUGUCCCUCAAGAACCACCGCCGGAUCCACACCGAGCCCAAGCGCUACCGGUGCCCCGACUGCGGCAAGUCGUUCCGGGUGUCCACGGCGCUCAUCUGCCACCGCCGCAUCCACACCAAGGAGAAGCCGUUCUCCUGCCAGCAGUGUGACAAACGCUUCUCUUCCCGGUCCAACCUGAGACACCACAUGAAGGUGCACUGGAGGGGUCCGGCACUGUCCAGAGGGACAUCAUCCGCCUUCCUCACCGUCCCCUCCAGACCUUUCAUCUAAACGUCCAACCUGGCUCAUUCUUCAACGGUGUGGCCAAGCACGGCAACCCCAGACCACAUCGUCAACCGAGGAGGACCAAACAGAGGUUUCCGUCUGUGGAAGAGUUCAGCUGAAAGUCUUUUUAAGAAACUCAAGACCUGAACACUAAAUUUAUAUCACUGAAAUAUUAAUCUGAAUCCAAAAUUCUCAUCGAAUUCAAAAGUUAUUCCAGACGUCCUGCAGCGAGGGACGGCUUCAUCUUCCUCACGGUCUCUUUGAAGUCAACUACAACUCCCAGGGUGCAUUUCACUGACAAACAUCCAAUCACAGAGCUUCAGAAAACUGAUUGGACUGAUGUGUUUUCAACAGAUUAUCAGUGAGAUCGAUGAAGAUGAUCAAAGUGUCUUUUUUAUCGGGAAUUUCGUCGACUCAGUUCGAGAAACUCUGUUUUCUUUACUUGGAUUUUUAGAUGUUUUUAAUUAUUGUUCUAAAUGAUUUCAGUGUUUUGUCAUUUGAAUCUUUUUCAUGUUGAAC